AGGAUUUCUUUUGGCUGGAACUUUUGGAAAUUUUGUUUAUUUUAGCUUUAGGUUACUUGAGGUGUAGCUGGCUAGUCUCUAACACAAAUAGCUACACAUCUCCCCUCAUUUCACCAUCCCGUCUUCUCAACCCAAAAGCAAAAAUAUCCCAUUCCUCCAACCAAGAAUGUCCGAAUCUAAGACUCCAGCCGAAGUUUCCGUAAUACAGCAAUCACCCUCCACAGAAACAAACACACAGUCUAUCCAAAUCGAAAUUGAACAGCAAACUGAAUAUGUCUUCAAUCGUGACUACAGAUUCUGGUGCAUCAUCAUUGCUCUCUGCACGAUGCAAAUCCUGUGUUCGCUUGAAAAUACCGUUGUGGUGACUUCGCUCCCGACGAUUGUGAAGCAUUUGGAUUUGGGGAGUAGUUAUAUCUGGGUUACUAAUAUAUUUUUCCUUACUGGUGCAGUAACCCAGCCUCUAACCGGUCAACUAGCCGGUCUCUUUGGCAGAAGACACAUCGCGCUCCUCUUCGUCGCGUUGUAUACACUCGGUAGCGGCAUCUGCGGGGGUGCGAACACCCCCGCAAUGUUGAUCGCUGAUCGUGCAAUACAAGACGCGGGAAGUGGAGGCAUGACUGCAAUUAUGGGGAUUGUGAUUUCAGAUUUGGUGCCGCUGCGUUGGAGGAGUGCGUAUCAGGCAAUUUUGGCGGUGACGUAUGCGUUUGGGAUGGCGAUUGGUCCGGUUGUUGUUGGGGGGGGGCAAUUGUGCAGAGGACGGAGUGGAGAUGGGGAAUUGGAUUUGUGGGAUAGACUUAGACGGAUUGAUGUACUGGGUAAUUGUCUUUUGGUGGCAUCAACAGUAUCGGUACUUAUUGCGUUGACUUGGGCUGGGUCUUUGUACGCCUGGUCAUCUUUUAGGGUUGUUGUCCCGCUUGUCCUUGGGCUUGUUGGACUUGUGGGAUUCUUUUUGGUGGAAAGCUCUGGGUGGGUAGUAGAACCUGUAAUGCCCCGUCGCCUCUUCUCUAACCGAACUUCAAUAAUAAUCUACAUCAACACCUUCAUAAUCUCCAUACUCAACUACUGGAUAUUCUUCUUCCUCCCCCUCUACUUCCAAGCCGUCCGCCUCUCAAGCCCCACUUGCUCUGGCGUUCAAAUCCUCCCCAUAACCCUCAUCGCCAUCCCCGGCGCCGCAAUCGGUGCACUCGCUCUCUCCAAAUGGGGAAAAUACAAGCAUCUCCACAUCAUUGGUUUUGCGCUUCUCGCAGCCGGAAUCGGUUCUUUCUCCACCCUAACCAAAUCUUCAAGCACAGCACAAUGGAUGUGUCUCCAAAUCCUCCCAUCAGUGGGUGCAGGUAUGAUUCUCGAUACUCUUCUCCCGGCCGUCCAAGCCGGCGUCGCAGAAGUCGAUUCCGCUGCCGUCACGGAAAGUUGGUCAUUCGUGCGCAGUUUUGGGAAUAUUUGGGGCGUGACAAUUCCAAGCGCCGUUCUUAAUAUAUAUAGUACUCGUUAUACCGACGGGAUUAUUACUGAUCCCACAGCGAGAUUAGCGCUGCAAAAUGGGAAUGUGUAUUCGAGUGCGACGCGCGAGUUCAUAGAGUCGUUUUCUGAGCCGACGAAGAGUCAGAUUAUUAGGGUUUUUAAAAAGGCGCGGAGUAAAGUUUUCUUGGUUGGAAUGGUAUUUCCGAUUUUGGCGUUUCUUUUGUCGUUUUGGGAGAGGGAGGUGAAGUUGAGGAAGGUUUUGGAGACGGAGUUUGGACUUGAGGAGAGGGUGGAGGGGAGACAGGAUGGGAAGUAA